AUGGGAGGUACAGAGGCUGAUCCUGGAAAAGAUGCAAAUAAGCUAACAAAUAAAGCAACACUAGUUCAGAAAAAAGUAUUGGAUCAUCUUCUUUUGUUGGGUGUUGAAAGCCAGUGGGCACUAGUAGCUGUCCGUUGCGCGAGAGUUCAGGAUGCUGACCAUAACUUACACAAGGUUGCGCUUGAGAGCAUGAGGCAGGAAAUCCGAACCUCUACAAGCUCCAUGACUUCGGUCCCAAAGCCAUUGAAAUUUCUGCGUCCACACUAUGGAACAUUAAAGGCAUUUUAUGAAACCAUGGGGAACUCGGAAUUGAAGAAGUACCUCGCUGAUAUACUCUCCGUUCUGGCUCUCACCAUGUCUGCUGAGGGAGAAAGGGAGAGCUUAAAAUAUAGAUUGGAGGGUUCAGGAGGUGAUAUUGGCUCAUGGGGCCAUGAAUAUGUGAGGAACGUAGCUGGAGAAAUUUCACAGGAAUAUGCUAAGCGAUAG